UCUGCUGUUGCUUUCUAUGUCUCUCCUGAACAUAUGUCAUGGAAUUUUCUCUCUUGGACACAUUGUGGAGGGGAGAAAAGUCCCCUUUUUCCCUCCCCUAGUAGCAAUGGUGGUCAUUUGAACAUGACAGCAGACAUGCAUUGGCAGGGUUGCAUGAGAGUUCCUUUGCAGCUGCUGCAGUCUCUACCAAUUAUCCCCCUCCCUGCCCUCAAUUUAUUACUCUAAGACAACAAGCAACAGAACUCAACUUCUUGUCUCCCCCCAGCCCCACCUUUCCUCCAGCCAUGCAGCUGAGGUUGAAAUAAAGGAGAGAAGAAAACUUGCUCAGCCUAGAGGGGCAGUACUCUGACGGUGCUAUAGCAGUGGUUGGCCAGAAAACCAAGGAAUGGUGAGAACUGGGACAAGGAGCCAAUACAUACGCCAAGCUUGAAAGAAAAGAGGCUGGCAUCUAUCCAGCUGAGGCUGGUACUGCUUCUCCAAAAGUCCCUUGGGACAAAGACGGAGACCAGAAUAAGGAAGUGGAUGAGAGACAAGAGAAAGCAGAACAGUUGAAAAGCAGAGAAGAUGAAUUCUACUGUGCUGCCUUGGACCAGCUGAGACACUGUAGUGUGAAAAGAGAAUGUAUCUGCUGUCAGCCCUUCUCCUUCUGUGGCUCCCAGGUUGUUUCUCUGACAACGAUGUAUGGGGCCUUAAACAUGUGAGGUAUGAAGAGAAUAGUUUGGCGAUUAUAAAGUGUAAUUAUGCCUCAGGAUGGGAGACUUACGUGAAGUGGUGGUGCCGAGGAGCUGUUUGGAAUUCUUGUGAAAUUCUUGUUAAAACCACAAAACAGGAGAGCAAGAAAGACCGGGUGUCCAUCCAGGACAAUGCCACAGCACACACAUUCACAGUGACAAUAAAAAACAUCAGAAAAAACGAUGAAGGCGCUUACUGGUGUGGGAUUGAGAAGGGAGGAGUUGACCGUGGAUUCCAGAUUGAAGUGACUGUUUUCCCAGCAUCAACCACAGUGAGGACAACCACCACUACCACACCAACCACCGCAACUACAACUGUGAUAACAAGCGCAGGAAACACCAAGAGAAUGGUAAAUGACCAUCCUUAUGAAAGGUUGGAAAUCACAGAUCUCCAAGUCCUACUGCCCAUCAUCUUUGGCAUUUUGUUGGUGAUGUUGGUGGGGGUCUCAAUUCUGGCUUGGAGAAUGAUGCCAAAACAGAGGAAAGAAGCUGAAAAACUUGCUGAACCGAGCUCCAGAAACUUUCACCAGGUACCCCAGCCGACAGAGGAAGGCAUUUGUUAUGCAAGUCUGACCCUGCAUCAGAGGACAUCUGGAGACUCCGCUGCUCUAGAUUCUUCAAAGACAAAGGCUUCUUCUCUCCUAGCCUCCUCCAGAGUCAGUAGCAUCCACGAGGAAGUGGAAUAUGUCACCAUGGCUUGCAUCAAAGAAAAGGAUAUAUCCGAUGCCACCCUAUCUCUGGAUACCCCAGGCCAAAACCCAAUAUACUGCAACAUGGAACAACUAUCUUCUGAGAAAUCUUAUUGAGAAUACAGAAUACAGUUUGUAAAAGAAGACUUAGUUUCUCUCCUAGAACCUUCUUUUCAGACCUUAGCUCUGCCUUGACUUGUUUUUUCCUUCCUCCUCCUCCUUUUUCACCUUCUUCUUCCAAGGACAUUUACUCUGGCCUCUGGCUAAAGAACAUGCUUAACCAGAAGAUUCUAAUUAGCCUCAUGUUCUCUUGGGUGGUGGAGACUGUCCAUUGAAAGAGGAGCUGCCCACUUGGUAAGCUUAAAAGAAAAAAAACAGCUUCCAUGCAUUCCUUCUUUUCCUCUUUUUGGAGAAUGCCAUUUGGGUGUCAGAAAGCCUCUCCCUCUGACUUCUAAUGAGGAGAGAGGGGAAAUUCUACCCCCUAUCCCCAAGCAAUGGUAACAGCACACAGUCAUGCAACAAGAACACAGUGAGUCUAAGAUGGGACCUCAAGUCCCUGGCUGACUCUUCUGCUUUGUGUUUCUUGCCCUGAACACGUGGGAUUGAUCAGUGAUCCUGAGAUAGAUAUUUCUACCCUUGCCAGGUUCAACAUGUUGGAAGUCAUUGAGCCUGUAUGUUGGUCAUCCAGAAGGAAGUGAUCAGCACAACUUCUUGGAGGAGAGAUGACUACUGCUAGAAGGAUACUACAGAUAAAAGGACUAAGAAAGUCUGUGCUCAGUCCUGGCUUGCCAAGAGAUCUGGACUUAUACAUUGGGCAAAUGGUAUAAGCUAGAAAGGAAAGUGAAAUAUCUGUUCAGCAGUAGUCAUCAUUUCCUGUGAGAUUACAGUAGCAAUUAGGUGUUAUUGUAUUAUGUUUUAAAUAUUUGUUAAAGCAUAGUUGAAAAUAUUUGAGAUUUUAUGUAUUUCUUUUUUGGCGGAAGAAGUAAAUAGCUGUCCUAUACCUGA